GUGUAUUUAUGUAUGGUGUCAUUGGAUAUUAGUUCAUACAACAUAAACCAUUUCACCUGCCAAAGCGGUUUUAAAUUUACGUACAGUUUUAAAACUUCAAAAAAUAAAAAAAAAGUCAAAGUAUAAAUUUAAAUAAUUUGAAUUAAGAGUCUGGAAAAUGGAAGCUGAGCCUUUGGAUUUAGAGGAUGGUGAGGUUGUUGAUGAUGAGCCAAUUGAUGCCUUCGAAACUUACACAGUUCUCCAGAGACCUCAGACAACGAGCAAUCCAAAAACUAUAAUUGAACCAAAUUACAGUGAUGACAGUGAAGAUACAUCAGCGUCUCCAGACUCUGGAAGUGAUUCGGAUUCUCGGGUUGCUAAAAUAAAAAGGCCAAAAAUAAAAGCCCGCAGACGUAAAGUAGAAUCGUCACAAAAGCUAAACAAAUAUAAAAUAUGGUGCACGCAAGUUCAAGAGGAAGCACUGACUGAGGAUUUGGUUUCGUGUGGGGUCACAAGGAAACUACACCAAGGCAGAAGUGUUGAAAAUUAUGACAUACCGAGUCAUUUUCGUUUGAAUGGUUACGACAAGCAUUCGAAUAAUUUAAGUUCUGAUGAGGAUAAAGAUGAGGCUUAUAGAACAAGUAAUAAAAGAUCACACACUGACAGACGUAAUGUAAAACUUCGACUCGGUAAACGUUCUAAUUCAAUGGAUGUUGAUAAUCAAAGAGGUUCUGUAAGAACUAUUUUAGAGUUGCAGACGAGUAUUGAAUCAACGGAUAUUGAAGUCGCCAAUGAUAUAGCCGAGAAGCUAAACGAGAAGAAAGAUUCUCUUAUUAAACGAAUAGUCGAUAUUAUUGGUAAGGAAAAAUCAAUUGAAUUUUACAAAAAAACAAAAGAAAUAGAAGAAGAUGGUGGUUUGUUGAUAAUGAAUGGAUCAAGAAGACGAACACCUGGAGGUGUUUAUUUUUACCUUGUAAAAAAUGAUGAACAUAUACCACAGGAACAGAUACGUGAAAUAUUUUCUCUGGAUAGAAAAGAGGCUAAUAAUUCUAAGAAGAAACAUAGUGCUGCUAAAUUACGGGAAAAAUCAAAUAAACUUAUGAAAAGUUUUGAAAAUGGUUCAGAAAAUGAUUUACCAGCAUUAUUAACGAGAGCUGAAUUGUCGACCCAACAAAUUGCUGAAGAAGCGAGACUUAGGCGUGGUGAAGGCAUGGAUAGACUUCCUAUAGAUUCUGAUCGCACGGUGUCAAAUCCACCACCGAGUCCUGUUACUGAUGAUCCUGAUCAUUCUGACAAUGUUACUAUCCAACGAAGAAUUCAAGACUACAGCGACGACUUCCUUGAUAUUGGAGUAGACGUUGAUGUUAUGGAGAUGUUUUAGAAUUAUAUACGCACACUUAAUAUCAGCAUAUAACAUCUGUUUGUAUAAUAAUAAUUCUCGCGACAAUUACUGCGAAAUUUUCAUUAUUAAAUUAAAAAAUCGGAGUUUAUAUUUUUUAUGGCUCACAUUCUCACUCUUGUAAUUAUAAUAAUAUAUUAUAUUAUUAUAAUAAAUAAAAUGUAAAAAUUAUUGAAUAAUAACUUAAAGCCAGUAUUAUUUAGGUUCAAUAAUUUUUUAUUAUAUUUAAUAUAUUUUUUUAAAUACUAUCUGGUAGCAAUUAUGCUUUUGUGUUAAUAGUAAAAUAUAAAGAACAAUUAAAUAACAAAUAAGAACAAAAAUAAUACUGGUGUAAUUAUUAAGUAGCUAGAAUGUGGACGCAAUGGCAAAUUGUUUUAAAAAAAUUACGUUCUUACUUCAAAUCAAUUGUAAUAAUUACGUAAAAAAUUAAAUAUUAUUUUUAAGGAAAAAAAAAAUCUUGUAAUGCAAAUCUUGUAAUUAAAGUAGUGCUUCAUCAAUCAGAACUAGCAAAGGUCAUUAAUUAAUAAUACGAAAUUAAAAUAAAAUUUUGUCUAACAUCUCAGUUGAAUAAAUUUUAAUAAGCCGACACUAAAUUUAUUGCAGUUAGUAAAUUAAUUGUUAUUACAUGUAAUAAAAAAUGUUUUUUCAAUAUUUAUAAUUAUUUAAUAAAAUAAAGAAAAAAUUUAAUUUUAAUUUUUCCAAAGCUUUUACUUGAAAUUUUUUUUGUAGCCAAUUUUAUGUAACUAUUUUUUGUUCCAUUUAUUAUGGCUAUUGUAGAUCAACCUAUUUGUUAAUAAUUUUAUGGAUAGGGUACAGGUACCGUUUGUGGCCACUGCUCCAUUUUUGGACAUUUUAUCCUUUAUUUUAAUUAAUGAAAAAGUCUAAAAUAAAAUUUUCACUUUAAUAGUGGGAUAUAAAUAUUUUAAAACAUAUUUAAAAAAUUGAUUAUGAUUAAGUCGCCAAAAACGGAACCUCUACCCUAUAAUCAAUUUCGAACUCUAUGUCUCGUAGUCCACUGAAAUUUUCUAAUUAGAUCCUUACUGUUAAUUAAUUUAACUUGACAAAUUUAUUUUACCCAUUACAUAAUUAAAUAUUAAUUAAUAAACAAAAUUUAAAAAAUACUUGUGGCAUAAAUUGACACUGAUUUUAAAAAAAUAUUUAAACAAUUAGGGCCAGUUUUUAAAACUGGGUUCAAAUUAAUAUUGCUAGUAUAUCUAUAUCCUCCUCAGUACCGAGGCAUCAUUUUGUUUGCUAUUUGAAUAAUUAUUUAUAAGUAUACUCGUAGACUUUUUAAAACGCAAACAUACAAAUUUUAUUUUUUUUUCUAAUUUAUAGUUUUUAAGGCAAUCUAUUUUAAAACUGUAGCAAUAAUUAUUUUUAUGGUUCAGCCAACAGCUGCUAGUUGCCAAGCCUGGCAAAAUUGUCCCCUAUAUGGGGCGUCAGGAUCGAGGAGGAUUAAUAAUAUAUAGAUAUACCAGCAAUAAUAAUUUAAACCCGGAUUAAAAAUAAAUUCGGUUUGAAAAACUGGGCCUUAUAGUAAUAAUUAAUAACCAUUUGCUAUAAAAUUAACACUUAAACACAAAGUAAAGAGUAAAAAGAAAAUAAUUAAUUUAAUUUAUAUAUUUUAUUACAGACAUCGAACAUGACAAUAUAGUUUGGUACCAAUGCACAAUGUAGAUUAAUAAUGAAAAUAUUAAUAAAAUAAGAAAUUAUAACAACUAUAAUAAAUGAAUUUUUUAAUUUUAAUAAUUAAGAUUUAUAUAUUUAUUUAUCGUAAUAGUGUAUAUAUAACAUUCAAGUUUCAUGCAUAAUUCACACAGAUAGUGAAACAAAGCUAUUAUACUGGGUGAUGUUCCGUUUGAGAAUGUCUGCGCACAGCCCCAAGACCCGCUCGAAGCGUGCUCUGUCCAGUUUCACGCAUUUCAAUGGACCGCGAGCUACCACCGUUGCUGCACGUGGCCUGUCCAGCAACAAUGCGAUCUCACC